AUGUGGAGACGAACUUAUUUGUUACUGUUGCUGGUUCGGAUCUACUUUGCCCUUUCGCCGAGCUAUGUGCAUCCCGAUGAGCAUUUCCAGAGCUUGGAGGUAUUCGCCGGGCGCAUUUACUCCUACCCCUCGCAGUUGACCUGGGAAUUCACAUCAGAGAACCCCAUCCGCAGUGUCUUCCCAUUAUGGCCCGUCUACGGCUUACCCAUGAACUUGCUGAAAUGGUUCUACGACGAGACGGCACUGGGUAGCAGUCCACCCCCGGAGCUGAUAUACUACAUUUUACGAGGCGUCAUGCUUGUUCUCAGCUUUGUGCUGGAGGAUUGGGCAGUCUACGAAUUAGUGCCGACUCCGAGAUAUCGCGUUCCCACGGUGGUAUUGGUGGCCUCGUCGUAUGUCACAUGGACGUAUCAGACACACACUUUUUCCAACUCUUUGGAGACGCUUUUGGUCACUUGGGGGUUAGUUUUGAUUCAACGUAUUUUGGAGAAUAGGAAACGCUCCGCAUUUUUCUCCCCUGCCGUACUAUCGUUAGUGGUGGUACUUGGCGUGUUUAACAGGAUCACAUUUCCAGCAUUUCUUUUGAUACCUGGGCUUCAGUUAAUCCCGCAUUUUAUACAGAAACCAUUCUCAUUCGCUGUAUUAGCUGGAUGUGGCUCCCUAUUUUCUGCAAUCGCCAUCCUCACUGAUACCAUCUUCUAUCGCUCCUCGUCUUUAAUUGAGAGCAUCCGCCAUCCGGUCAUCACCCCUCUAAACAACCUGAUAUAUAAUUCCAACAGCCAGAACCUAGCCCAGCAUGGCCUUCAUCCUUUCUACCACCAUUUUCUCGUGAACCUCCCACAGCUCCUCGGGCCCGCUCUCGUGGUCCUUGUAGUAUCCUUGUUCAUGAAACCGACCAUCAGAUCCGCUACAUUCUACAACAGACGAGCCAUCUCCGCUAUAUCAGGCACGAUGAUCCUGUCCGCAAUCCCGCAUCAAGAGCCCCGGUUCCUGCUCCCAUGCGUCCCUUUGCUGUUGACAUGUAUCCGGCCGGUGAAAACACGACCAUUUCUGGUGUCCUGGAUUGCGUUCAAUGCCAUCCUCGGGUUUUUGAUGGGUGUUUAUCACCAGGGUGGCGUAGUGCCCACUCAACUCGCGAUGCCAUCCAUAGUAUCAUCCACGAUGGCCCAGCGGACCCAAAACGACAAACUGAACGUGACCGUCUUUUGGUGGAAGACAUAUUCGCCUCCGCUAUGGUUACUAGGCGACAACAGCGAGCUGCAAGCCGACAUCCAAACACGCGAUUUGAUGGGCAUGCGAGGAGCUGAUAUGAUCAAAGAGAUUGAUUCCACCGUUCCAACCUGUCCUUCUCUCCUCUCAUCCAGCAAAGACCGCAACAAUCUCAUCUUCCUAGUCGCGCCUCGUUCAGCUACAUUCCUCGAUACCUACACUUCUGCUUCUGCUUCUUCAUCCUCGGAUGCACCACCGCAACUCAAUUUGACAGAACAAUGGACAUAUCCAAACCAUCUAAAUCUAGAUGACAUGGAUUUUGGCGAUGAUGGGUUCAUUUCUACUAUAUAUCGUGUUAUUGGCCGGAGGGGGUUGACUGUGUGGUCCGUUGAGAGAAUUGGAUGUUUAUAA